AUGUUGCCCAGGUUGGUCUUCAACUUGUGGCCUCAAGCAGUCCUCCUGCCUCGGCCUCCCAAAGUUGACAGCGCGCUCUUGGACAAGCUUUUCCCAGCUCAGGCGCUCCAUUUCCUAGGCCUUGUGCUGACACUGGCCUCCCAAGGUGGCCAGGAUGGAAUGAGAAGACGCUGCCUCCAGCCCCAGGAGUCUGCGGCUGCAUCCCGAAUGGGUGACCUAGCUGACCUUGCGGUUGUCCAGACCAGCCCUUUUGAUAGCUCAGGCAUCCCCUGGCCCCUGAUUCAGUCCCCAGGGAAGGAAAGGAUUUGGGUUGGUGGGGAGGGGGGGGAAGUGGGAGGCCCCAGGCUCGGCAAGGUGGGUGGGAGAGAUAGGGAAGUGGGGAGGGGGCCUGGGAGGAUGGGAGGGAUGCCCAGAACCAGCUCAGUGGGCUUUGGUCAAGCACUGUCCUCGUUGGCCUGGCCCCUGCCAAGGCUCUGGCCUCUCUGCCUUCCAUCCUUGCCAGGCAAGAUGCCGGCACCUUUAAUUAGCAAGCAGCAGCCUCUCCCCGAUUCAUCACAGUCACUGUUUAAUUAGCCGAGCACAGGCGCCCCCACCCCCCAGCUCUCGCUUGAGCUGCCUGCCUCUCUCACCCAGGCUGCCACCACCUCACAGUGUCCCCUGUCACCCCCGUACUUAGUCUGCUCCCCAGAAUGGGGGUGGAGGCAGGCACGCCCCACUGAAACCUCAAGGAGAUCUGGGCACCGGUGCUUGUAUUCAAGGCAUCCAGCAAACAUUAUUAGGCCUUGAGUCUGCGCCAGGCUGGCGCUGGGUGGAACCCGGGCUGCACGGGGCAGCAGGCUCUGGUCCUGUCCUCCCGCAAAAUGGCUUUUCCCUUUGGGAGGUGCUGGGACAGCUCUCUGGCCUGGCCCUGGGGUGUUGGGAAAAGGCUGUAAUAACCCUCCAUGUGGCUCCCACCCCACAUCUGAAAUGGGACAUCAUUUCUUCCUCUUCCUCCCUGUGCCAGAGCCCAGAGCUCCCCCAGAAGGCUGCACCUCAAGAGAGGGGCCCAUCCUCUGCCCCCUGCCUUCCAGGGGCCAGAUCCUGGGGGUGCAGUCCAGACCAUGGCCAAGGGACAUGAUGAGAGGGCUCAGGCCCUGUCUGCAGGCGCUGUGCAGUGGGGUCCCAGGAGUGAGCCCACAAUCUGGGCUGAACCAGCUGCCUCUGUCUCCCAGAAGAAGGGCGGGACUGGGGAGGGAGCCUCCACUGCCCUUCCCGGCAGGGCCAAGGGGCCUAGGCUCCACCCAGCCCUGCACGCCCUGGGCACCGAGUGGCUCCAGGCAGGUCACAUGACUCUGGGGCCUCCGCAUUCUGGGCGCAGAAGGGUGUGACCCUUGGCCUCUGGGGCAGUCAGCAUGUCAUAUGGGGGCAAGGGGUGCAUAGAGCCCAUCCACUCUGGCACGUCUGUGUGGCCCUCAGGACAGGUACUGAACUGCAGUGUGCCUCGGUUUCCCUACCAUGAGUAGCUGCCUCAGGGGUCAUCGUGAGGACUAAAUGGCUUACGAGGUUUAAAGCACUUAGAGCGGUGCCUGGCAGAGGGAGUCCUCAGUAACCAUUAGCUACUGUUGCCAUCAUUUUCCCUCCUUUUAUGCAAGUGCUGUUUCUUGCCGGGAUGAGGCAGCGGAUGGUGGGUGAGAGAGACGACCUCCCUGCUCUUCACUCGUGCCUACCUUCCAGUGGGGCAGGAAGCUGAAAACGAGUAACUAAAUCAAGGAAAAAUACCAUUUCGUCCCACAAAGCCCACAGUCUAAUUAAUGGUAACAUACCAAUGUUAAUUUCUCGGUUUUGAGGAAUGUACCACAGUUAGAAAAUAGGUCGACAUUAGAAAAAACUGGAUGAAGCAUCAACAGGAGCUCUCCGUACUAUCGUUGCAACUUUUCCGUUGCAAAAUAAUUUCUAAAAUUAUUCCCUAAAAAAAGUUUAUCGUACAAAAGGACGAUUUCAGGCAAUGGUAAAUACUGUGAAGAAAAUAAGCAGGAGCAAGAGAGAAAAUGGGGAUUGAGGGCCAUUUUAGACGGGGAGGGCUGGGAGGGCCUCCCGGAGGAGGCAACCAGGAGCUGCCCCUGAGUGAAGGGAGGGGCCUGGCGGGAGGAGGGAAGGACAAGUGCAAAGGGCUUGGGAUGCCGGAGGUGCCCUGGAAGGGAAGGGCAGGGCAGCAGUGAGGCCGGAAGCAGCAGUCAGCUCACCUGGCCUGCGUUAGGUGCCACCAAGCACAGGGAGAAGUACGUGGUGGACAGGACCCCCUCUGAGCCUGGAGGGUGGGGGAAGGUGGGCGCCCCCUGCUGUGGGGCAGGGCUGGGCAGAGAAGCUGGAAGGAGCUGGAGUGCACCAGGGCCCUGUACCCAGACAGUGCUGCCUGACCCUAACCCUAACCCAACCAGUGGCCUCCCCAUGUGGGCAUUUUGCCCUUUCAGAGGACAAGAGGGAGGAGGGAGACCGGGUGUGUAGGUGGCGUGUCUCGCACUUUGCAGCAUGAGCUCUGCGCUUUAGUGCUGACAGUCGCCCCGGGAGGCACUGGCAUCUGCACUUCCAGGGGGACAGUGGAGGGCGGAGAUCGCCCCUGGAGUGUCACGUGAGUGACUGAGUGGGCCUGCCUGGAAGGAGAGGCCCUCCUGGCCCUGGAGGUGCGCUGGGUCUUGCUGGGAAGCCUGGACUGGGUGUGGCUGGAGAAGGGAGGGCCAGGCAGGCCCAGGGCUGGCCUGGCCCCCGCCCACACGAGACCAUGUGUCAAGCCAAAGAGCAGCUCUGCGCACUAACUGUGUAAUCAGCUUUGGUAAUAGUAAUAAUACACGCGUGUAAUAGGACAUUCUGAAGGUUCCAAACAACAAAUGGGGACAAGUUAGGGUCUCCUACCUUUUCCUGCCCUCAGUCCAGUUUCCUUCUCCUGUGAUGGCCUCUGGGACCUGUGUCUUGUGCUUCCUUCUAGAGCCAGUCUAGACAGCCCCACCUCGACCAUGACAACAGCACACGGUCGCCUGGGCCUGCCGGGCACCUCCUGCCAGGAAGCCGAGUUGCACACGUAGCUCUCACGCCAGUCUUGUGUGUAUAUUAAGCACUCUGUUCUAAAUCAGAGUGAACAUGGCCAGGCACGGUGGCUCACGCCUGCAAUCCUAGCACUCUGGGAGGCCGAGG